GACCGGAACUUCUCGUUAGAGAGAAACAAACCAAGGGAAAAGCUUCUGUGUGAAACUCGCGGGAAAGGGGAAGAAGGAAGAAGCGAACCCUAAGAAAUGGCAGAGAAAUUGGCUCCAGAAAAGCGCCAUAGCUUUCUCCACAACGGUCAGGAAGUGUUUGAAUGGGAUCAGACUCUGGAGGAGGUUAAUAUGUAUAUUAAUUUGCCUCCAAAUGUUCAUUCAAAGCAAUUCUACUGCAAGAUUCAGUCUAGACAUGUCGAGCUUGGGAUUAAGGGGAAUCCUCCUUAUCUCAAUCACGAACUUACUUGCCCUGUGAAGACGGAUUCGUCUUUCUGGACGCUAGAGGAUGGCAUAAUGCACAUUACACUGCAGAAGAGGGACAAGGGUCAGACAUGGGCUUCUCCCAUACAGGGUCAGGGUCGUCUUGAUCCUUACUCCACUGAUCUUGAGCAGAAGCGUCUUAUGCUCCAAAGGUUUCAGGAGGAGAACCCUGGAUUUGACUUCUCACAAGCUCAGUUUUCGGGCAACUGUCCCGAUCCAAGGACCUUCAUGGGUGGAAUUCACUCAGAUUGACAACUAUAGUUCGUGGCAUUUAUAACUUGCAUGGGCAUGACACUCUAUUAAUCCUCAGUAAAUAAUGUAGGUUUUCUCCUGGUCUUGAUUUAUGCAAUCCCUGUAAUAGCUGCUAUUGUGGAAGGGAAAUUUACCGAGUCUGCGCGCAAUAGCUGCAAUGAAUUAAAAAGAUUUAGUUGAUAUAUAUUUAUCUACCAAAUACUUUGUAUUAUAAGCUUUUAACCUUCUAUUUGGUUUGAUAUAAACAAAACUAUGUCCUAGAGGUCUA